CCAUCACAUAAAAUCCACCCCCACUGUUUCUGGCGGGAAACGACGAUGCAGUCCCCCCCAAAAAAACCCUAACUCCCCAAUCAAAUCAACCAAACAGAAAACCCUAACCCUAACCUCCGAUCCAAAUGCACAGAUUCACGGCGAGCUCUCUCAUGGCCUCGUCUCCUCGCUGGCUGAUGCUCGCCGGAUUCCUCCGCCCUUCUUCCGCCCGUCGAUCCAAAAUCUCACCUUUACCACGGGUUUUAGGGAGGAGAUAUCACUGUAAAUCUCUUAAAGUGAUUAACGGGGUUAAAUCAGGUAGAAGAGAGAAACCGAAACUUCUUAAUGAAGGGGUUAAUCAUCCUCAUAUAAUGUGGUGGAAAGAGAGGAUGGAAAUGUGCAAGAAGCCUUCGACUGUUCAGCUGGUUACGAGGCUCAACUAUUCAAAUUUGUUGGGGCUGGAUGUCAGUUUAAAAAAUGGGAGUUUGAAAGAAGGAACUCUUAACUCGGAGAUAUUACAAUUUAAGUCAAAAUUUCCCCGAGAAGUUUUGCUCUGUAGGGUUGGUGAUUUUUAUGAAGCAAUUGGAUUUGAUGCCUGCAUUCUUGUUGAGCAUGCUGGAUUAAAUCCCUUUGGUGGUCUGAGGUCAGAUAGUAUUCCAAGGGCUGGAUGCCCUGUUGUGAAUCUGCGCCAAACUUUGGAUGAUUUGACUCGUAGUGGCUAUUCUGUUUGCAUUGUUGAGGAGGUUCAAGGUCCAACUCAAGCUCGCUCCCGUAAAGGUCGAUUUAUAUCUGGCCACGCACAUCCUGGUAGCCCUUAUGUGUUUGGGCUUGCUGGAGCUGAUCAUGAUGUUGAUUUUCCGGAGCCAAUGCCUGUUGUUGGUAUCUCAAGAUCUGUUAAAGGGUAUUGCAUGAUCUCAGUCAUUGAGACCAUGAAAACGUAUGCACUGGAAGAUGGUCUAACUGAAGAGGCUAUUGUAACUAAGCUCCGGACAUGCCGAUAUCACCAUUUAUUUCUGCAUACUUCCUUGCGACAUAAUUCUUCAGGUACUUCUCGCUGGGGGGAAUUUGGGGAAGGGGGCCUUUUGUGGAGCGAAUGCAAUGGGAAAACUUUUGAAUGGUUUGAUGGCAUUCCUAUUGAAGAGCUCUUGUUCAAGGUAAGAGAAAUUUAUGGUCUGAAUGAAGAAGCCGCUUUUCGAAAUGUCAGUAUUUCUUCGGAGAGAAGACCUCAGCCUUUGUACCUGGGGACUGCUACUCAAAUUGGAGUGAUACCGACAGAGGGAAUACCUAGCUUGUUGAAAGUGUUGCUUCCUUCAAACUGCACCGGUCUUCCAGCAUUGUAUUUAAGGGAUCUUCUUCUUAAUCCUCCAUCAUAUGCGGUUGCUUCUGCAAUCCAGCGGGCAUGCAGGAGUAUGAGCACUUUGACUUGUUCCAUCCCUGAGUUUACUUGUGUAUCAGCUGCCAAGCUUGUCCGAUUGCUGGAAUCUAGGGAGGCUAAUCAUAUUGAGUUCUGCAGAAUAAAAAAUGUUGCCGAUGAAAUUCUGCAGAUGCAUAGAAAUUCUGAACUAUCAGCUAUUCUACAUAUACUAUUGGAACCAACUUGGGUGUCCACUGGGCUGAAAGUUGAAUAUGAGAUGCUGGUAACGGAGUGUGGGUGGAUCUCUCAAAGAAUAGGUGAGAUAAUAUCUCUUGGUGGUGAAACAGAUCAGGAAAUAAGUUCCCCAGAAUAUAUUCCCCGUGAGUUUUUCGAGGAUAUGGAAUCUUCAUGGAGAGGUCGUGUGAAGAGGAUCCAUGCAGAGGAUGUUUUUGCAGAAGUUGAGCGAGCUGCCCAAUCCUUAUCUAUUGCAGUUAUGGAAGAUUUCAUCCCAAUUGUGUCAAGAGUGAAAUCAAUCAUGUCUACUCUUGGAGGUCCUAAGGGUGAAGUAUGUUAUGCUAGAGAGCACGAAGCUGUUUGGUUUAAGGGGAAACGUUUUAUGCCAUCUGUAUGGGCCAAUACCCCUGGGGAAGAACAAAUCAAGCAACUUAGGCCUGCCAUAGAUGCGAAAGGGCGAAAGGUUGGAGAGGAAUGGUUUGCCACAAACAAUGUUGAUAAUGCAUUAACCAGGUAUCAUGAAGCCAAUGAAAUGGCAAAGGUUAAAGUGCUGGAAUUAUUAAGAGGGCUUUCUGCAGAAAUGCAAGUAAAAAUAAAUGUCCUCGUGUUCUCUUCCAUGCUGCUUGUCAUAGCUAAAUCACUUUUCGGUCAUGUUAGUGAAGGUCGAAGGAGAGAAUGGGUUUUUCCUGAACUAUACAAGAUCCCUAAGUGCAAGAAUGAAAGCUCAGCUCAAAUGGCUGAGACACUCGAGUUAACAGGUCUAUCACCUUAUUGGUUUGAUGUUGCACAAGGUGGUGCAGUUCAAAAUACUGUCAGAAUGGAAUCAACGUUUCUUUUGACUGGACCAAAUGGUGGAGGUAAAUCUAGUUUACUUCGGUCGAUAUGUGCUGCUGCAUUACUUGGGAUCUGUGGACUCAUGGUACCUGCUGAGUCAGCUACUAUUCCUGAUUUUGAUUCUAUUAUGCUGCACAUGAAAGCUUAUGAUAGUCCUGCUGAUGGGAAGAGCUCAUUUCAGAUUGAAAUGUCCGAGAUACGCUCACUAGUCAGUGGAGCUACUUCAAAGAGCCUAGUUCUCGUGGACGAAAUCUGUAGGGGCACUGAAACCGCAAAAGGAACUUGCAUUGCUGGAAGCAUUGUUGAAACUCUUGAUCAAAUUGGCUGCAUGGGUAUUGUUUCAACCCAUUUACAUGGCAUUUUCGAUUUGCCGUUAGCCACAAAAAACACUGUGCACAAAGCAAUGCUAACAGAGGUUAUUGAUGGAAAAAUAAGACCAACGUGGAAGUUAACUGAUGGAGUAUGUAGAGAGAGUCUUGCCUUUGAAACUGCCCUAGGUGAAGGUAUUCCUGAGAGAAUCAUCAGGAGGGCUGAGGAGCUGUACCUUUCAAUGAACAUGAAGGCAAUCGGGUCCAAAGAUUUAGAUUCGAAAUCUGAUCUGAAGGUGUUCGAUGAAGACUAUUCUUUGCGGACUAUUGGAGGAUCAACUUUUGGGAGCAUGCAGUUAUUCCAGAAGGAAGUUGAGAGGGCCGUUACCAUUAUUUGUCAGAAGAAGCUAAUAGAGCUUUACAAAAAGAAGAACACGUUGGAACUUGUGGAGGUAACGUGUGUUCCUAUCGGUGUCAGGGAACAACCUCCUCCGUCAACAGUGGGCGCUUCAAGCAUUUAUAUUCUCUUCAGACCUGAUAAGAAAUUGUAUGUUGGGCAGACGGAUGAUCUAAGUGGUAGGAUUCGUGCUCAUCGCUCCAAGGAAGGCAUGAGAAGUGCAUUGUUCUUGUACAUUCUAGUGCCAGGAAAGGCGUCGCAGGCCAACCUCGAGACACUUCUGAUCAACCAGCUGCCCCUUCAGGGCUUUAGACUCGCUAACAAAGCUGACGGUAAGCAUCGGAACUUUGGGACCACAUCUAAUCUUACCUUGGAAAGCCUUAGCUUGCGCCAGUGAGUAGUACAGUGUUGCCUCAAAGUCAUUUUGCAUACAAACAGAUGUUAAAAAAAAAAUAAUCAGUACUAUAAUUUGUUUUGUAAUUAUUGAGAAUCACAAGGCAUGCUCACUAGUCAUGAGGUUUACACCAAUUUUGUUGUUCUUGUGGUGUAAAGCUCCUUUUAGAUCUGUAAAAUGUAGUGUCAUGCCUUUGGUUGACAUGUACAACCUGAAAAUGUAAUGAAAAUGGUUAUAUUAUCUCAUUAUAUUUC